UUUGUUUUCGUUUGUUUAAUUAUGUCAUGAAUUUCUGAAUAACUUCGUAGAUCUAGUGUUUUUCUGUUUGAUUCGUCUGACAAUUCUCUCUUUUGCGCAUCGACUUCCUUAAAGUAUCUUUGAAGGUAAGCUAGGGUUUAUAUUCGUUUGUUUCAUUAUGCCAUGAAUUUCUGAAUAACUGUGUAGAUGUAGUGUUUUUCCCUUUGAUUUUUUAAUUAGUAAUAUCAUGUCUCCCAAUUCUCUCUUUUUCGCAUCUUCCUUAUUCUCUCCUUGAAGGUAAACUCGUUUUUUUUUAAUCAUGUUACAAAGUUCUGAAAAUAAUUUUGUACAUCUAGUGUUUUUCUCUUUAGUUCGUUUAUAUUAGUAAUAUUUUUUAUUUUCUCAACAGUUAACAGAAAAACUAAAACUAUGCCAGAAUCAAGAGCUGGGAAAAGAGGAGGGAAAAAAAGAAGAAGUACGGCAGAAAGUGGACAAACAAAAAAAAGAGAGGCCGAAGUGAUAGUUGGGUCUGGUAAGGAUGAUAAGGACAAGUUGAUUAAGUGGACAAGUUUUGAAGAGGUGGAAAGAUUGUGGGGCCCUAUGUUCGUCAAGUGAUUAACAAGACAUUGAAUGGUGAAUACGAAAAUGCCAAAGAAGUUCUUCGUACCAAGUUGAUAAAUAGACAGGAUGACCUUCAUGUUGCUAUCUACCUUGCCGAGUAUUUAAUUCAGCAUGCACGGAAGGAAAAAGCUUUGAUGCUUUCUACCAUCUCCUCAUCUGAUGCACUUGAAGAUCGCCACCAAGAAUGGCUCUCUGAAAAGCUAAAGGAAGAUAAUCCAGAGGAUCUUCUCAAGAGUGCCAAUCAUGUUAUAGCACGUUUGGAUGAUCGUAUGAACAAAAUGGACAAAAAUGUUCAGAAUGAGAUAACUAAACAAAUGGAAAACAAGCUCAGCUCUCUCGGUGACAUAAGCGUUCGAUUCCAGGCUGGUGACCUUCAUGUAAAGAUGGAUCUGUUUGAGGAGCUCAAGCGGAAAAUUUUAAGCGAGAAAGAGCUUCUGGAUUUGCUAGUUAAAAGUUCCAAUACUUACUAUGAGACAUUGGACGAUGUAGAAGGCCUAACAAUCUUACGCUUGCAAUUGGAAUUUAAUAGACUGUUACGUGAUGACGAGAAGGAUCUUUCAUCGAAGUGGGUGGAGACAACACGAGGCGUGAUGAAGCUAAUCCAGGAAGAAGAGGAACGAAUGCAAAAGGCAAGGUCAAGAUCUCUUUACAUACCAAGAAAAUAAUAAUAAAAGGUUAAGAUCUCUUCUUGACUUCCCUAGAACUAUGGGUUGAUGUGUUUAUAUAAGCUCUUGGAACACAAUACUUCCUGAAUUCUGGAUUCUGCAACUGUGGAACCCAGUGUUAAGGGCUCUGGAUACAUUUGAGUAUUUUAUUGUACCUUUACUUUGGACUAUUUAUCAGCUCCACUUUUACUUGCAUACCCAACCCAAGACCAAACAUGUAGAAAUAUCAUAAGAAUGUGUUGGCAUUAAUUCGUAACCGUCUUUGCAGCAA